AUGAUAUGGUCUGUUUAAGCACCUUGGAGAACUCCGCUGUGCAGCAGAGCGCACCGCAGAUGGUGAAUCGGGACUACGUAAACUACGUAACAUGCGCACGGAGCGGCCAAACGCCACACAGGCUGCGCUGCUUUGUCUUCGCCCUUCCCUGUUUUGGCUGAUUGUUUACUUCUUAAGCCUGCAUCGCUUUAUGCGAUCACCCCCUCUCCUCCUCUCCUCUCUGCCGGGAUAUCAGGGGUGUUAUGGAGGCUGCAGGGGAGAUUUAGAGUCAAGCUGUGCGCUUCGUAGCUCCUCAUCCUUCUUCCCCUGGUAAGAUGAAAACACCGUGUCGUGCGAAUCUCUUGCACCUUCUUCUAGCCUGAGCUUGUUUUCCACAGAUGCACGCUCAGUGAUGCUCUUAUUUUCUACGGGGCUGUGCAGCGCUGUGGCGAUACAAGACGUGCAUGUUGUUAUUUUAUCUCCAUGCUGCAGAUCGGGUUUCAGUGGAUUGGCCGAGCUAAAUGCCACUCACUGCACUCCCCCUGCCUGCACGGUAUAAACAGCAUGGCCAGCGCACAUUCCAGUGGCUCUAAAUAUAUCUAUUAAGGCCACAGGAGGAGGAGGUGGGGGUGCUGGGAGUGUUAUCCUGGGACAUUUCACCGGCGUGGUCGACCCGCACCCACUUGAAUUAUCAUCCGGAGAUUGACAAUCGGCUGUUGCACCCACAGAGGCGAAUUUGGCACCAUCCAGACAUGCCCUCCACUUACAAUGUGAGGUCCCGGGCGCGGGAGAGAAACAACGUCCUGAGCAGACCUGAGUUCAUGUCCUUGAACCAACAGCCUCCCCGCGGCCCCGGCCCCUCUGAGAGCCGAGGCAGCGCCCGGCGACAGGGCCAAAACAAGCCGCAAGCAAGCCAGCAGAGCGAGGAACCUACCGACAGUGGCAGCAAGAUGCCGGAGGAGGACUGCAUGCAGCUGAACCCUUCAUUCAAGGGAAUCGCCAUGAACUCCCUCCUCGCCAUUGAUAUCUGUCUGUCCAAGCGCAUGGGGGUGUGCGCCUACACGUCGUCCUCGUGGGGAGGCUGCCGCUCCAUGGUCACCCUCUUAGCGCUCACUGGGCACGGCAUCACGUGGAUCAUUGGCACUAUCGUGUGUCUCACACGGAGUAACACUCUGGCUGGACAAGAGGUCCUGGUCAACCUGCUGCUUGCCCUCAUCCUUGAUGUCAUGACGGUGGCUGGAGUCCAGAGACUGGUGAAGCGCAGGGGUCCUUGGGAGAUGACGCCAGGAUUCAUGGACUGCAUCGCCAUGGACCUCUACUCCUUCCCGGCGGCUCACGCCAGCCGAGCCGCUAUGGUCUCUAAGUUUCUGCUGUCCCACCUGGUGCUGGCUGUGCCGCUUCGCAUCCUGCUGGUGCUGUGGGCCUUCCUGGUGGGCAUAUCGCGGGUGCUGCUAGGGAAGCACCACCUCACCGACAUGGUGUGCGGCUUUGCGCUGGGCCUGCUCCACUUCAGCCUGAUGGAGACGGUGUGGCUGUCAUCAAGCACCUGCCAGGCUCUCAUUUCAAUAAGCACAUUCAGCUGGAGCCCUUUUUUCUGAGCUCCUGAUAAAAAGCUAUGCUUGCACGCUAGGCAUAUUUGAUACACUAACCCUGCUAUAUAAAGGACCUCUGUAGGUUUUCUAAAUUAUUUUUCUAAGGGUCUGAGGUUGCAGGCUGUGAACAGGGAAGCAUUAAUAUCUGGAUGCACAUGCUGGCUUGCAUGUAACGCCAAAGACAGGCAGGUGACACAUAAUGCUUCACAGACCCUGGUAUCUCCAGUCAGGCCUCUACUGCUUCUUCAUAGUAAAGGGAAAAAUAAGACGACUGCAAACUGACAAUAAGAUUAACACGAAGUUUUAAGAAUUUUUCUUCAAUUUAAAUCUUUGAUUCUCAUACAGUAUGAAAGCUGGUACCAUUCAUGUAUAACUGAACCUCUUGACUCAGUCAGUUCUGUUUAAAGUUUCUGUGCCUCCUUCUCUUCACGCUCUUACUUCUCUUUUCUUCUACUCUGUUACCUCUUCCUCUUUUCUCUAAGUAUUAAGGGUUUUGUGCUUUCAUUUUAGGUUAGUGAAAUACUUGCAUCAUAUUAAACCCUGAAUAGAGUUUGGUGUAGGGCUGUUACAAUGGAUGUGACACUAGAAUAUAUGAAGUGAUUGUUGUUGGAUAUUCCAUAAUGUUUCUAAUUGGCAUGACUUAAGAUAUUUGUGUAUUUCUGAUGGGAUUCCUGAUCUUUUUACUGUAUGUUCAUCAAAUAUUAAGUAAUUUUUUUGCUUUUAACUAAUUUCACAUAAUUAAAGUUUUUUUACUGGGUCAAAUAUUAUUUCCGUCAUAGCUAAAGUGUUCUUUAAUGAGUUGAAAUCUUUUUUUUUUUUUUUUUUCUUUGCAGUCUGCACGUCAGCCUCACAGAUGUUUUUGGUUUGACAGCGACCAUGUAAGUGAUUCUAUGCCCCAAUAAACAACUCAAGCGUGAACACUAUGUGUGCGCGGAUGCAAAGCAUCUGUUUGAAGAGCAGUUUUUAAGAAAUGUUGCCUUUUUUUUCAAAAUGUGUUUUUAUAGACAUUUGAAGUACACCUGCUUUUUUUCUUAGUAUUUCAGUGCAGUGGUUUGGUGUGUAAAUACUGUACAAUAGUUCCGUUUGUUGUGUACAGCGAUCUAUAUUUCAUGUUCUAAAUUAGUUUCUUUUCCAUCUUAAUAAUAAAAUGAGGUGGCCUGUCAGUCAAAUGUGGACGCAUUAUAUUCAACACUGAAAUUUGGAACAUCUCUACCAAACAUAAAUCCAUCUAUUAUCUUGUUCUGUUGAGGUGGGAGAGGGGGCUGGAGUCUGUCCCACUGCCUAUCACAGGUCCAACAUACAGAGACAAACGACUAUUCAUAUUUAUGAAUAGCCAUUUACAACACCUCUCUGCCAACCAGAAUGAGGGAAACACUUAAAAACUAAUUUAAAAAGCACAAAAGAAGCGUUUGUAGACACAUGUUUUUAAAAAGUCCAACAAUGUGCUCUUUGGCAUGUGGGUGGUUAAUUUUGAUACAAAAAGAAAUAAACCACUAUCUGUGAAAAAUUAAAAAGCCUUUAUCAGAGUGGCUUGGGAAAGGUAAAAAAUGGUCACCCUGAUGAACACUUUGGGCAUUUUUUUAUCUUUAAUUCUUCUACAGCAAGAGUGCCUUGUCUUAUAUCAACACUUAAUCAUAAGUAGAUGAAUUAGGCUUUGGAAUCAGCUUAAACCUAUAAGAGGCAUAACUGUAGAGUUAAAAAGCAGCUUUCUCCGGUAAACUGUUAAACUCUUACUUCCAGUUAAUUUGAAUGUUGAGUCAUUUUUUGGUUUAAUUAAAUGAAAUAAAUGCAUUCUGAUCACGCAUGGCAUCAGAAUACACAUUCUAGAUAAGUUAAGAAGCUAUACACUGAGCAGAGUAUACACAGCGUAACGGAUUAAAUGAGUCAAACCUGAGUUCACUCGAACUCGGUGGUUUGUUACUGUCAGAUACAGUUUCAGUUUAAGCCUCACGGUUGCCUGGUAACUGAACUACUUUGACUCUAAGACGAACUUUCUAAGUGAUAGAGAUUUGAUCUAGGCAGCAAACAGCGCAUGUAUUUUAUUGCAACAGUAUUUUGCAAUGGCCUCUCAGACUUGUUGACUCCAAUAAGAUUCAUUAUCAUUGAAGCUGCGUGUCUUCACAGCCUCUGCUUUCCUGUCACACUACUCUGACCACAGGCAAUUUGACAGGAAACAGCACCUGUGCAAUGGUGUGUGUGUGUGCCCUAAAAUUCUCUGGCUGAGAGAGUCUGAUGUUAAGAAUUUUAAUAACUUUCGCUGAAUUUUCUAUAGUCAUUUCGUAUGCGUUCCCUGGCUAUGCACAGUUAAUGAUCAGAAUACAUUGUAUCGAAUAUCUGAGGAACAUUAGGACCAAGUUCCUCUGUCGUCAUAUUUUUAAAAGUUUGAAUAAAGUGGGGCAGGGACAGUGAAGGGUUUCCCUUUACUUUUUGCAUGUGAAAAUACACACUUGACAAACUUUAUCCUAGAAAUCAAACACCAUUGAUAUCAAGAACUAUGCCAUUGUACUUUAUAUUUAAGGACUUUUGCCUCUGUUUUCUCAAGAUGAAAUAAAAC